AUGUUGUCUUGUUCAAUUAUAAUGGCCUCAAACGUUGCUUCGGCGGACCCGUCUAUGGCACUUGGCCGUCGACAGGAAUUGCAUCAGCUUCGCAUCCCGUUCCGUAUUCUCCCACAUGAGAUUCUCUUUACGCCAACGUUAGGAGAUAUCAUGAGUAAGCAGCAACUGCGCAACUACGUGGAUGGCCUACUGGAAGAACUUGCCCAUCAGUAUCCCACGACCAUCUCACCCCAGCCAGGUGUGUGGAAGCUCGUCAGAGACAAUGCCGACGUAGACUUGGACAAAUGGGACCCUUGCAGUCUAGAGGUGGACAAGGCUCUUUUUAUUACUUCAAACAUUAAAACCUCCCGUGCGAUUGUUGCUAGCACGACUGCAACACGCAACGGACCGUGGACGUGGGACAACGGGAUGAUGUCUGUUCAUUUUCCGGAUCGGGACGCAUUUGUGCUUGAAGGCUAUAACCACAUCCUUGUAGUCCUUCGUUGCCAAACGAAGCUCAAGAUAUCAAACAAGAAAAAGAGGAUAGAGGAAACAAGCCAUACCGUGUUCAUUCCAACGACAUACACAGUGCAAGACUUGCUGAGGUUGAUACAGGCUAGCAAUGUUUGCGGCGUCUUUGUAGAGUCUCACAAAGAUAACUUACGUUGGAGUGGUUCGUCUGCAAGCGAAUUAGGCUGGCAACACGGUACUGUACUGAGACUAGAACUGUGGUAG